UUUAUUAUACCCCAACAACUCAAGACCAAUUGAGAACUCAAAUUUUCCAGAGAAAAAAAAAACUUCCAAAAAAAAAAACAAAAAAAAAAAGUUAUGGGUGUGUCACCAUUAACAGUGAAGAAACUUGGUUUCAUCUUCAUGAUUGUUUCAGCUUCUGCUCUUUCUGUCUCUUUUGCAGGCCGAUCGUCGAUUCUAGUCCAUACACAUAUAAAUCUUCAUGAUGAGAUGGUGGAAAGAAGCAUGCAUGAGCAUGAGAGGCUUUUAAGAAUGAACACAAAGGAUUAUGGGCACAACAGUCCGUCGCCUAGACUUGAGAGGCCUCCUUUCAAGCUUAUUCCCAAUUGAUGACCUCAGCUUGGGCCUAAUCUAUCCUUAGUACUAAAUGUAGACAAAAUUAGUUUCAGUGACUGUAUAGUUCUAUCGAAGUUUGGAGAUGUAAUAUGAAAUAGAGUACGUGAAAACUAAAUAAAGGUAAGUAGCUAGCUCGAGCUAUGCUACAACUAUAUCAUGUGCGUUGCAUAUAUCCAUGUCAUCACAUUAUAGUGUCUU